AGUAUAGUGCUGUGGUAAAGGGAAGAGAAGAAGCGCUUACCCAAAGAGGGCGCCAGCUUCAACUUUAGUUUCUAUCAGCAAAGCUGCCCAAUUUGAAUUGCGAACGCUUCAGCAGCAACAACAACACACACCAAUAACAUGUCUUCGAAUAAUCAAUCGAGUGGCGCCUCAGUGGCAACAAGUGCAACAAGCAAAAACUCCACGGAUGCCACAGACACCAACAGCAGCAGCGGCGGCGGCGGCGGCGGCGGCAGCAGCAGCAACAACAACAACAAUAACAAUGCCAAUGCCUCGAACACAGGCAACAACACCACAACAACAACCACAGGCGGCACCAGUUCAAAUGCAGCAGCAGCUGCCGCUGCCGUCGGACACGAGAGUCCCACGCACAAGACCCAUGGCGGACACGUUGCAGUGAACACCAAGGAGCGUGUGGUGGACAGCGUGCCAUUUCCACCCAGUCACAAACUGACGCUAGCCGAGGUCUUUGAUCCGCGCACCGGCAAACCGAAUCACGAACUGCUUAAGCAGCACUUCAUUCUCGAGGGACGCAUCGAGGAGGCGCCCGCAUUGCGGAUCAUCCAGGAGGGCGCCGCUCUGUUGCGGCACGAGAAGACCAUGAUCGAUAUUGAGGCACCGGUGACGGUCUGUGGCGACAUCCAUGGACAGUUCUACGAUCUCAUGAAGCUAUUCGAAGUGGGCGGAUCGCCGGCAACGACAAAAUAUCUGUUCCUUGGCGAUUAUGUGGAUCGGGGCUAUUUCAGCAUUGAGUGCGUCCUCUAUCUGUGGUCGCUGAAAAUCACGUAUCCGCAGACGCUGUUCCUGCUGCGCGGCAACCACGAGUGCCGGCAUCUGACCGAGUACUUCACCUUCAAGCAGGAGUGCAAGAUCAAGUACUCGGAGCGCGUGUAUGAUGCGUGCAUGGACGCGUUCGAUUGCCUGCCGCUGGCGGCAUUAAUGAAUCAGCAGUUCCUCUGCGUGCACGGCGGCCUCUCGCCGGAGAUCCAUGAGCUGGAGGACAUCCGGCGGCUGGAUCGGUUCAAGGAGCCACCAGCCUUUGGCCCCAUGUGCGACCUGCUCUGGUCCGAUCCAUUGGAGGACUUUGGCAACGAGAAGAACUCCGAUUUCUACACGCACAACUCAGUGAGAGGCUGUUCGUAUUUCUACAGCUACGCCGCCUGCUGCGACUUCCUGCAGAACAACAAUCUGCUCUCGAUUAUACGGGCGCACGAGGCGCAGGACGCCGGCUACCGCAUGUACCGGAAGAGUCAGACCACCGGUUUCCCAUCGCUGAUCACCAUCUUCUCGGCGCCCAACUAUCUCGACGUCUACAACAACAAGGCGGCUGUGCUCAAGUACGAGAACAACGUGAUGAACAUCCGCCAAUUCAAUUGCUCGCCGCAUCCCUACUGGCUUCCCAACUUCAUGGACGUGUUCACCUGGUCGCUGCCCUUUGUCGGCGAGAAGGUCACCGAGAUGCUGGUCAAUGUGUUGAACAUCUGCUCCGACGACGAGCUCAUGACCGAGGAGAGCGAGGAGCCGCUCUCCGAUGAUGAGGCGGCGCUCCGCAAGGAGGUCAUACGCAACAAGAUCCGAGCCAUUGGCAAGAUGGCCCGUGUCUUCUCCGUGCUGCGCGAGGAGUCCGAGUCGGUGCUGCAGCUGAAGGGGCUGACGCCAACGGGCGCUUUGCCCCUCGGCGCUCUAUCGGGCGGCAAGCAGUCCCUCAAGAAUGCCAUGCAGGGCUUCUCGCCCAAUCACAAGAUUACCUCGUUUGCGGAGGCCAAGGGACUCGAUGCGGUCAACGAGCGGAUGCCGCCGCGUCGCGAUCAGCCACCGACACCCAGUGCCGAAGAUCAUCAUCAUCACAGUCAACAGCAGGGCAACAAUGGAGCGGCGCAUGGAUAAAUCCAACAACAAAAUAAAGGAAAACAAAAAAAACAUCAGGAAGUGGAACGGCAAAAGGACAACGACGGCAAGCGACGAAGGCAAUCUGGAUGAGGAUUCGUAUCAUUUGAAAUCGGAUUGGAAUAGUCGCAAGUGUCGUUGUCACAGAUGUGAUGAUGAUGAUGAUGAUGAUGUGCUCUAUGCGGUGUGCUCUGUAUGGAGGUUUUAAGAGAUGUUCUUCCUUCUACAAUUAAACAGAGGCAGAGACAGAGAGAUAGAUAGUGAUGCACAGAAAGAAAAAGAGAGGAAGAGCGCGAGAAACAGAAAGAGAAAGAGAGAUAGGGCAAGAGUACACGCGUAUAAUAUAAACAUAUAAUAUCUACAUAUAAACAUUAUAAUGUUGCAAAAAUUUGUCGUUUUAGCUAAAAAAAGAUCAUUCGUAAUAAUUGUAAUACUACUAUGAUACACUAAAUGAAGUGAAAAGAGAACAUACUUACCUUAAUUAUAAGCAGAAAGGUCAACAAUGGAAAUGCAUAUAUCGAAAAGAAUUAGAAAGGGGGGAAAAAGAAAAAUAUAAAAACAAAAACCAACUGAAGAUGAGCAUAAAACAUAAACUUUUACUUAAAACGUAAUUAUUGAAAUUUUCCAACUCACUCGAUUGGUUCGAAGAAGUGUUGAUAUCGCAUAGUAAAAAUAUUUUCGAGCAUAAUUAUUAAAGAUAAAAGAGCUAAAGCAGCAGAAUGAAGAAUGUAGAAUGAAGGAUGCAGGAUAUUAUUGAAAUUGAUUGAUUGAUGAUGCAUGCCACAGAUUCCUUUUCCGAAGUAAAAAACUGAAACUAAUCUUAAGUCUUAAGUGUAUGUAUAAAGAAGGCAAAAUGAAACUAAAAACUAAACAAAACAAAACAAAAAAACUUACAAAAGCGAGAAAAAUUAGCGCUAAUAUGUUGAAAACAAUUAGCAGCGCCAAAAAGAAGCGUACAUAACUAUAAUUAAAGAGAGAAAUUAAAUUACAAUUACAAAAUAAAUAAGAGAAAAGUAAUUAUAUUAAAGAUGAAAGUCAACAACAGAUCUGUGCAAUCUUGAAUACUUCAAAACACACACACACACUAAACGAUAAAUCUAACAAAUUAUUGAAAAUGAAAAAAGAGAAAAAAACAAUUUGCAAUAUGUGCCGCAAUAGUCCGUAAAUGUUCCUUAUACAUGCGUAAAAUAAUAAUACCUAAUACUAUAUAUGAAUAUGCAGAUGUGUUUGUGUGUGUGUGUGUAUUUGUUUGUCUAUAAUUAAUCAUAAUUUUUUUUUUAAAUGUUAAAUUGUUGCUUACUAUAAUUCUUACUACGUUUCUCUGUGUGAAUGUGUUUUUACUUUGUAAUUUAUUGUCUUUUAUUUUCUACUACUAUUAUUAUCUUGUCUGCUUUAAUUUGUUUCUCUUUACAAACUGUGUGAAACUCUAGCUAAUAAAAUACAUACGAUCUAAUACCAACUAAAUGAAAAACAAAAACAUAAUUAAACACUUUAGCAAUGUCAAGUCAAAUCAAAAUAGCAAAGCAAAAAUCAAUCUUUUAAGCAUUGCAUUUGAAAUUGAAAAUUGAAUUGAUUACAAAAUAUAUAAUACUAAUAUGCAUAAACAUAUUAACAAAUAUGGCAUUAAAUCUAAGCCUCACACACAGACGACAGAUACUAUGAAAAGCGAAAAAUUCUAUAAACAAUUUACCAUUUAAAUAGCAAAUCAAAUAUUUACAACUAACCAAAUAACAUUCAUUUUAAACAA